UUUUAGUCAAACUGAAUAUAAUUAACUUUUAUCGCAUCGCGUUUGUCACGUGGUUGUUGUAGUAGUGGUAGUCAUGGAAACGUCGACGCCAAGCACUAUCAGCUUCCAUUAUUUACUCUUUUAUUUAGCCUUAGCUGAAAUGGACCAAUUGGCUAGUCUUAACCUAUUUAAACGGUAUAAAAUGACAUAGUUUGUUUGUCAUCUGAAAGUGAAGAUGAAGCCUUAUGCCAGCGUCGUUAGACCCAAACUGAUGUCACUGCCAAUUGAAGCUUCUCUGAUGAUCCAGGACAUUACAGACGCGCGACCCAGUUCAACCUUCAGUCCUCCGGUGUCUGGAUAUUUCUCCACCGCUGACUCCAGGCUGAACGUUUUCUCUGGGAGACCAACGCACAAUUCCAGGGAUCUAAAGUUUCACACUGUCAGCUCUGUAAAGGAUGGGCCUCUGCUCCCAUGUAUAGCCAAUGAUCGUGCAGAAUUCACCAAAUGUACCUCACAAAACAACAUGCCUGACAGGAAUAUCUCUGGCCGCCAUUUUUUAUUUGACAAACGAUGGAGAAAUGGAACAUACAUGAAACAUGGUAUUGAAGAAGAUGUUCUGAAUAACCACAACCCAGGUGCACUCUCUCAGGAGUUUCAUGUUUAUCACUCUCACAAUUUAACCAAAUUUGCCCAUCGCAAAGAGCUUUUCCCACGUGACACAAGGCCCCGUAUUUGCGAUUCUUCUAGGUCUGAUUAUUUGGAGUCAUUUCCAUCAAUACUGUUACCAGUCACAACUCCCUCUAUUAGUGGUCGAGUGUGUCUAUCACAAAACUUUAAAAACAGGACAAGGAUGAAAAACAGCCUCUUUCCCAUUGAUGCUAACAAAACUCAGUCGUACCUUGAUCCACACCUCGGGGCCACAGCCUCUUUUGUUCAGAGGCUCUCAGAGAUUUCCUCUCUGGAAGUAGAAACAGUCCGGCAGGAGAAAAUGAAGAGACUCAGAAAGAUCAAUAGGCAGGACUCUUAACUGGAGUUCAUUAGCCAAAGAAAACCACACCACACCUGAAACAACUGUGCCAAGAUGGAGAAAAUAAGGUCAAGAGGGGCAACCUGAGAGGUACAAAGUGUUGAAUCACAACCACUAAAGUAUGAACAGAUAUUGAAUUAAAGUGAUUAUUGUAUCAAGUUGCUUUAAAUGUGUUUUCGCCAGUGUUGGGUGUAACUAGUUACAAAGUAACUAUUGUAAUUAAAUUACUUUUCAGUCUAAAAGAAAUGUAAGGGAUCACUGGUCAUAUUUUGGGAAUUUAAUUGCAGUUACUUAUAAUGGACUCUUUUCGCAAGACCGUUAUGAGGUCUUUAAUUGUAAUCAGCAUCAUAACUCCCUGAACGAACGUUUAUUUAUACUUAAACUAAGGAAAAUUUAUAAGCAUUUACAUAUGAAUUAUAUCAUUUUUGCGUCUAAUUACAAAAACAAAUUCCUGUGUGUACGAGGCAUUUGUAAUGCAGAGUGUAGCAGGACUGUAAAUUUGACGUUGUUCUCUCUUGGCUGCUGUUAUCAGUCUCACACAAUUUUUUUCUCUUUUUCUGAAAGUUUUGACCAACGUAAAGUUUUUCCUUUUAUUAUUUCAGCAAAUAGGAUUGUAAAAAAAGAUUUGUUGUAUUCUCCCAUUCACUGUGCUUUAAGUUUACCCAACUAUGAUGAUUUCUGCUGCUGGGAAACCCAGACAUGUAAAAAGGGUCUAUAUACUUGCCUAAAAUACAUAUGCAUUCAGCAGUUCUAUAUAAAUCAUUUUAGAUAAGCAAACUAUUUAUAUUUUUUUGUUAUACAAAUAUAUUUUGCUGAAUUGUUCAAUUUUUUAAACUAAAUUGUAGCUGAAAAAGAUUAUAAACCAUGGAAACAGAUGUAGAGGAGAUAUGCCCACCCACCUCGAUGUGAUCGGCUUUUCCACUGUUUCCAGUUUGUCCAGUGGCUCCUUGUAUACGCUGGAAGACUUGAGACUCAGAGAAGUUGACUGCGAUGAUGGUGUCGGGCAUGCCCGGAUUGGCUAAUCGGAAGAAUUCCCGACGGCCGGCCGUUUUUUGGUCGCGAGUGCCGGUGUCCCUAGCUGCUUGCACUCC